AUGGCGACUUCAACAGCAACUGUCGGGGCCGCGACGCCUACUGCAAGCAGCUCCAACAAUGGAGGUUCAGGGCCGAGUUCGCCACUGCUCUUUUUCGUGGCGCUGGGAUUUGGCGUGGUCUUCACCAACUUAUGGAUCAUUGUUGGUGUGAAAUACUGUUUCCGAUACAACCAGCGUAAUCGAGCCCGCAUGAAUGGCGAAGACCCCGAUGCCGUAGAUCUCACAGCCAUGCCUCGACAACACCGGCGCAGGCGGGAAAAGAAGCUGAUGACGAUUGACGAGGUCAACGAAAAGUUCCCGCUGAUCAAGUACAAGGCAUGGCGCUCCAAUCGCGCCGACGAAGGGCUCCCUACCGCAGGAGGAAUCAAUACUUCAUCAAGGCCGGCCAGUGUACACAAUGUCCAGCGCGAUUCCAAGGACUCGAAAGAGAUGGACGCUCGCGAGCUGGCUGCCAUGCCGACAAACACGACGGACGAAGAAAAGACGGCUGGACAUGGGACUCCGGAAGUUGUAGGAGGUGAGAAGAGUACGUCGGACAACCCGCCGGGGACACCAGUCCGACCCAAAUCCGCGCAGUCGACCGUCGCACCCGAAACCCCUCUACAAAAGGUCGCUACUGAGGACGAGGACGAGGACGAGGAAGAGCGGAUCCAGACCGCCAUACCGGCAGAACAGCUCCCAGAUCCUGGAGAUGCUUGCGCGAUCUGUAUCGACACCAUUGAUGACGACGACGAUAUCCGCGGACUGACCUGUGGCCACGCCUUCCAUGCCUCUUGUGUUGAUCCUUGGUUGACAUCGCGGCGGGCUUGUUGUCCUCUAUGCAAGGCCGAUUAUUACGUCCCUAAACCUCGACCGGAAGGUACCGAUGUCAACCCAGCGAACAUUCAGCCACCUCCCACGGCAUUCUCAAUAAUUGGCGGUGGUCGAGCAGGCCGGAGGCCAGCAAUGAUCAUCCCAGGCAGGUUUAUGAGCAUUGUCUACCAUGAUCGCGACCGGCACGGAUUUCCACUGGUGGUGCGUGCAGAACGCAGAGGUCAACCGGAACAAGAUCAAGCACGCCGGCAACGAGGAGAAAGAUUACCCAGCUCUCGCACGGCUACAGUUCCAGAUGGAGCAGAGAUCCAACCACAAUCGUGGAGAUCACGGUUCGGACUGAGGAUUCCUGGGCGUAGUCGACAGGCAGAGCCACCACAACCGACGCCGGAAGUCCAGCCGACACCUUCACAGCUAGAAGCUGGAAGAUGA